UGAAAAUAGCGAUGACCAACACAUUUGUAGUAAAAAAUACAGGAUAUAAUAGAAUUAUACACACGAUCGUCACAGAUGAAGAAGAUUCAAUGUAUUGUCAAAAAUAUUAAAUUAUGCCGAUUAUUUCUGGAUUUAUCCUUUCUAUCAUUAAAGAUAAGUCUAGCGAUGAUAAUGGCAACUUUCAAAAUAAUUGUACCAUGUCCUAUGAAACGCUUACUAGGAGAAAUUGUUCUUAUCACUGGAGCUGGACACGGUAUCGGUCGUGAAUUGGCUAUUCAGUUAUCUUCGAUGGGUUGUAUAAUUGUUUGUUGGGAUAAUGAUGUUGAAACUAAUCGAUCAACGAUGACAGAAAUAUCGAAAAAUGGUGGAGAAGUUUACGGUUUCGUGGUCGAUGUCUCAAAGAGAUUGGAAGUACGAGAAACGGUGAGAUUAAUGCGAAAAAUUGGCGUGCCGGAUGUGACGAUUCUCAUUAACAAUGCGGCUGUAUUGUGUCAUAAGCCGUACCUCAGUUAUAAUCCGGAUGACGUGGAAAACACAUUCAACGUUAAUGUGCUUUCAAACUUCUGGACAAUAGAAGCAUUUUUGCCGAUGAUGCUACAAAGAGGUAGCGGUCAUAUAGUAGCGAUGAGUAGCAUGUGCGGUAUUUACGGCGUGUCGCAAAAAGUGGCAUAUUGUUCGUCCAAAUUUGCUGUGAGAGGCCUUAUGGAGGCUCUUCAUGAGGAAAUACGGCUAGAAAGAAAGUCUAAUAUUCAUUUUACAACGAUUUAUCCAUUUUAUGUCGAUACAGGAUUAGCGAAAGAUCCUAAAUACAGAUUUCCUUUUAUCUUUGGUGUCGUGACACCGGAAUACGCCGCCCAGGAAGUAAUUAAAGCAAUCCGAAGAAAUUAUACGGAGUAUUCAAUACCGCGAUGUCUUUUUUCUUUGAACGCAAUCAACAGGAUUGUUCCAGAAAGCGUAAUGCGUUUGAUACUGGAUUUCUUGGCAGAUGUCGAUAGAAAACAAAGAGAAAAAGAUAUAAUGAAUUUGUAAUUAGAUUUAACAGCUUAACAAGAAUUAUAUCAAGGAAAAAGAGUUAUAUAA